UGGUUGCCAGGGUAACGGCGUGCGGCCGGCCGCGCGGUCCCGGGGCGUAGCUCGCGCGGUUGGCGGCGUCCGUUUGCUGGCUACCGGCGUAUCCCCAGAGCGCAGUGGAUGGGCGACCCGAGCGAGAAGGCGGGAAGGCGAGGUGGGACGCACCGGGGAGCGCUCCGGAGGCCCAGCACUGCGCUGGGAGGCCGCGCUCGGCAGAAUGAAAGGAAUGUAAUAUGUGAUGAAAGGAUUUGUUACGUUCAAACAACCUGUUCAGAUUCAACAUGUUAAAAAAAAAGGGUCAUUCAUCUAAAAAAGAUAACUUAGCAGUUACUGCAGUGGCUCUGCAGGAUCACAUUUUGCAUGAUCUUCAACUGCAAAACCUUUCAGUAGCUGAUUAUUCGAAAACAAAAGUACAAAAGAAAGAGAACAGAUCUAAGUCUCUAAAAAAGGAUGCAAAAGCAACAAUAGAUACUGGACUUAAAAAAUCUACACAGAGUCCUAGAGUGGAGGAUCCAGAAAAAGAAUAUGUUCUUGAUCCAAAACCACCACCAUUAACUUUAGCACAGAAGUUGGGCCUCUUUGAGCCUCCCCCAUUGCCACUGUCAUCAGAGGAGUGGGAGAAAGUGAAGCAGCGAUCCAUCCUGCAGGGGGAUUCUGUGCAGCCAUGCCCUAUAUGUAAAGAAGAAUUUGAACUUCAUCCCCAGGUGCUGCUUUCAUGUUCCCAUGUGUUUCACAGAGCAUGUCUUCAGGCUUUUGAAAAGUUCACAAAUAAAAAAACCUGUCCUCUCUGUAGAAAGAACCAGUAUCAAACCAGAGUGAUACACGACGGGGCCCGCCUAUUCAAACUAAAGUGUGCCACAAGAAUCCAAGCCUACUGGAGAGGAUACAUUGUUCGAAAAUGGUACAGAAACCUGAGGAAAACAGUACCUCCCACAGACGCCAAAUUGAGGAAAAAAUUCUUUGAAGAAAAGGCCACAGCAAAGAGCUGGAUUGGAAGAGGAGUAGCCAGGACUCGAACCAGUGCCCAUGUGGGAUGCUGGCGCCACAGACAGAGGCUUUAGCCCAUUACACCACAGUGCCAGCCUGUGACUGCCUAUUUGGAUAGAACUCGAGAGCUGCCCUUUAUGAUGUAGGCUGCUUGUUAGUCAUUUACCAAAUGGCACUUGUAAUUUGAUGAUUUUUUCCCUACCUUUCCAACUUCAUGGAACUCAUUCUCUGAGCUGUAAGAAUUCUCUGGGAAGUAUUAAUUAAUAUUAUAAUCUCUAAAUUAAAAUCAUCCACCUGUUUAAUGGAAUCUGUCGAACUGGGCUAUUGGAGUUCAUAUUAUCCAGGGGUGCUGGUUAAUUUAUGUGUCAACUUGACUGGGCUAGGAGAUGCUCAGAUUAUCUGGUUAAACAUUAUCUCUGGGUGUGUCAUGAGGGUGUUUCUGAAAAAGAUUAGCACUUGAAGCUGUGGACUCAGGAAAAUAAAUCACUCUCCCAGUGUGGAUGGGCAGUACCCAACCCCUUGAAUAAAAAGCUAAGGAAGGAAGAACUCUGCUGUUUCUGGCCACUUCUGGGACAUCAGUCCUGCCUCUGAUCUAGGAGUCCUCCCAACCAUACUCCUGAUUCUCAGCCUUCAGACCCAGAUUGGAGCUGUAAUCACCAGCUUGCCUAGGUCUCCAACUUGCAAAAGAUGGGCUAUAGGACUUCUCAGCCUCUAAGUCCGUGUGAGCCCAUUCCUCAUAAUAUAUUCCCCUGCGCGCGCGCACACACACACACUUAUAUCUCGUAAGGGUUCUGUUUCUCUGAAGAACCGUGCGUGACUAAUACAUCAGAAUCCUACAGAUGCAUUUUGACCAUGAGGAUGUGUAUACAAAUGAUAGUUUGAAGAGAAUUUAUGUGAAAAAAUCACCGUAAACUGUGAGGUGAAAGACCACUAAGGAAUGUGACAUUUGCAGUCUCAAACUAUUACCCCACAAUUUACAAACUAUUACCCCACACGUUACUCAAUUUACAAAGAGAAAGAGGAAUCUUUACAAUGGGGAAGUCUGGCAUAUGUCUCCUACCCAGUGAUCAAAGUGAUCAAUAAUCAAGUGGAUUGACACCAUUUGUCCAUAAUGUGCACAGGAACCCUGGAACAAAGCAUCACUUUUGGACUUUCAUGCCAAAAAUGCUUGACCUGUACCAAAUUAGGAGAAAAUAGUAAGCAGAUUAAUCAAAAAUGAGAACUAUUCUUCAAAACAGCUGGCAUGAACUCUAAAAUAUCAAUGUCAUAAUGAAGAAAAUGGCUGAGGAAUGUUCUAGAAUACAGGUGUGGAGCACAGUAUAAGUUUAAUGAGAUCUUUGAUUGUAUAAUGGACCAAAACUGAAACAAGAGCUAUAAUUGAGGUAGUUUAGGAGUUUGAAUAUGCAUUAUAUUUUACACAGCAGUAAUCUAUCAAUGUUAAAUUUCCUGGUGUAUUAAUCAUAUUAUGACUUAAGGUACAGUGAUCUGAUUCUUAGGAGUUACAUGCCAAGUAUGUACAGGUAAUGUCUUACAAUGUUUGCAGCUAUCACACAUUCAUAUAAAAGUGUAAAAGCUAACCAAAAAAGGAAAAGAGUAGAAAAUGUAAGAUGAUAGGAUUAAAAUAUAGCAGUAACUGCAGUAAUUAAAAAAAAUUAAAAAAACAUGAUUGAGAUAAUUUUCUUAUUAAACACAAACUCUUGGAUUACAUUGAAAAAAUCAGGUAGUAACUGCUUAUGAAAGACACAUUUAAAACAAAAGUGCUCUGUGUAAAAUAAUACUCAGAAAUAAACAAGACAACUUAAAAUGAGAUAAAUGGCAAAAAUAGAACAAAAUGAAAAUCAUAAUAAAACGAAUGGAUUAUAAAGUUAGUAUGGAAAUUUAGAACCUAAAAUGCACCCCAUUCUCGUGUUCACGACAAGAACACUGAUGUUCUGUGGUAUAUAGCUAAAGCUUCAUGUAGAGGAAAAUUAGUAAUGUUAAGUAUCUUUGUUAAUACCAAGAAAGAUUUAAAGUAAUGAAUUAUUCAGGAAACCAGUGGGAAAAAAAACACUGAUUUUGUAUUUCACUUCAUUCAUUUCAUCUGGAAGGCAGAGCAAGAGAGACAGAGAGAAAAAGAGAGAGAUCUUCCAUCUACUGUUUUAUUCCCCAAAUGCCCAUAACAGCCAGAGCUGGACCAGGCUGAAGCCAAGAGCCCUGAACUCUAUCUGGAUCUUCCAUGUGGGUGACAGGAGCCCAAGUACUGGGUCGUCAUGAGCUGUCUUCCCAGGUGCACUAACGGGAAGCUGAAUUGGAAGUGGAGCAGCUGGAAUUCAGAUGGACACUGUAACAUGAGUGCCGCCAUCCCUAACUUACUGUGCCAAAACACUCAUCCCUAAUUUUUUUUAAAUGUAGGAAAUACAAAGAUAAAUUAUUAGGGAAUAAGUGAAACUAGUAAGUAAAACCAAUAGCUGGUAUUUGGAGAAAGAGAAGAUAAAUUUCUCAUGGGAGUUUUUUUCAAAAAGCCUGCAAGAGGGUCUCAUGUUUGGAGCACUGGCCAUACCCAUAUUAUAGUGCCAGUUCCAGUCCCAGCUGCCCUGCUUCUGAUCCAACUCCCUGUUAAUGUGCCUGGAAAGGGCUGAAGCCAAGGCCAGAAACUCCGUCCUGGUCUCCCACAUGGUGGCAAGGGGCCCAAGGAAAAUGAUCAUCUUUAUUUCUAAAAAGAAGAUAUAUUUAGUAAAAAUAAUAUUUGCUUAUACAUAUAUUAACAUUUAGGAGUUGCUACUAUUAUAUUCUUUUUAAGAUUUAUUUAUUUAUUUGAGAGGCAGAGUUACAGACAGAGAGAGGGAGAACAGAGAGAGAGGUCUUCCAUCCACUGAUUCAGUCCCCAAAUGGCCACAAUGGCUGGAGCUGGACCGAUCCAAAGCCAGGAGCCAGGGUCCUCUUCCAGGUCUCCCACAUGGGUGCAGGGGCCCAAGGACUUGGGCCAUCUUCAACUACUUUCCCAAGCCAUUAGCUGGAAGCGCUGUCAGAAGUGGAGCAGCCAGGACUCGAACUGCUGCCCAGAUAGGAUGCUGGCGCUGCAGGCAGAGGCUUAGCCUGCUAUGCCACAGCACUGGCCCCUAUUAUUCUUUAUUAUUAUUAUUAUUAUUAUUAUUUUUAUUUUUUGACAGGCAGAGUGGACAGUGAGAGAGAGAGAGACAGAGAGAAAGGUCUUCCUUUGCCGUUUGUUCACCCUUCAAUGGCCGCCGCGGCCGGCGCACCGCGCUGAUCCAAUGGCAGGAGCCAGGUGCUUCUCCUGGUCUCCCAUGGGGUGCAGGGCCCAAGCACUUGGGCCAUCCCCCACUGCACUCCCUGGCCACAGCAGAGAGCUGGCCUGGAAGAGGGGCAACCAGGACUAGAACCCGGUGUGCCGGCGCCGCAAGGCGGAGGAUUAGCCUAGUGAGCCGCCGCGCCGGCCCUAUUAUUCUUUUUUAAACAAUGUAAUAAAUAAAUAUGUUACAGUUCAAAAUAAGAACAGCUUAAGAAGAGGCCGGUUUUUCAGUCUAGUAGUUAAGACACCUGCAUCUCAUGUCAAAGUACCUGAGUUUGAUUCCUGACCCAGUUUCCCACCACAGCAGGGCUCUGGGAGUCAAUGGUGAUGGCUCAAGUUAACUGGGUUCCUGCCACCCACGUGGGGGACCUGGAGCUCAUUCCUAGCUCCUCACCUCGGCCCGGCCAGGCACCAGCUAUGGUAGAUGUUUGAGUUUCUCUCUUGCUUUCUCUGUCAGAAACAGAAAAUGUUAGACAGUAGCACCACACAGCCCAUGUUCGUGAAUAAAGUAAUAGUCCUCCACAGGGGGACUUUUAGAAAAGCCUAGCGUUUCCCAUGAUUUAAUAGUAUACGCUGUCUUACAAAAAUAGUGAAAUGUUUUUCUGAUUAUAGGAACAACUUUAUUAUUUUCAAGAAAAAAUUUUGGAUUAUUUUUCCUUUAAAUACCUAUGAAAUUUUUUGUUUAACAUAAGGUGUAAAUAAAAUGAGUCUUCAAAAUCUGGAAGUUCCAGAUUAAGAUAUUGUAAAUAAAAAAGGAACUGUUGGCCUUGGAUUCUCAAUGCAGGCUUCUGUUUUCCAUUAUAUUCAUUCUUACAUGAUAUUUUUUUUUAAGAUUUAUUUAUUUAUUUGAAAGUCAGAGUUACACAGAGCAGAGGCAGAGAGAGAGAGAGAGAUUGAGAGAGAGAGAUCUUCCAUCCGAUGGUUCACUCCCCAGUUGGCCGCAAUAGCCGGACCUGCGCCGAUCCAAAGCCAGGAGCCAGGAGCCUCUUCCAGGUCUCCCACAUGGGUGCAGGGACCCAAAGACUUGGGUCAUCUUCUACCGCUUUCCCAGGCCAUAGCAGAAAGCUGGAUUGGAAGUGGAGUAGCUAGGUUUCGAACCAGCGCCCUUAUGGGAUGCCAGCGCUUCAGACCAGGGUGUUAACCCACUGUGCCACAGUGCCGGCCCCUGAAAGUUCUGAAGAACCAAAACUACAUACUAAAAGUCUGUUUUCAAAUAAAGUGGUGUUAUGGGUUUCUAAGUAAUAACGAAUAUUAAUAAUGAAUAAAUUCCAAAGCCAGAAUUAACGGUGACUUUAUCCAGGCUUCCUUGGAUGAGAGGACAACUUCUGCAUAGUAUGGGAAGGCGGGCAUUUGGUGUGGCAGUUAAAAUGCUGCCUGGGAUGCUCACAUCCCAUAGCAGAGGCUCUGGCUUCAAAUCCUGGCUCUGCUCCCAGCUCCAGCUCAGGUUCCUGCCUUCCUGCCACCCGUAUGGGAGACCCAGAUUGAGUUCCAGGCUCCAUGGCCCAGCCCUGGCUGUUGUGUGCAUUUGGGGAGAGGACCAACACAUGCAAGAUCUCUGUCUCUGUCUCUUUGCCUUUCAAAUAAAGGAAAAACCAAAUCAAAUCAAACGGAGAAAUUGUAAUGAUUCUCCUUUCUGUCUGAACAACCAUUCCAACUCUGUGUGCUGGUGGUUCUCAGACUCUUCGAGACUCACAGAAAUGUAGAGAAAUUUACGGCUUUAAUGGUCAUAGCCAACUCGUAAAAACUUUUUAUUUUAUUUUACCAAGUAAGAGUUUUUAAAAACACAGAACACCCACAUCUUCUCAGAAUCACUUCCUAGAGAAAGACUUCUGUAACAGCAGGAAAGUGCAAAGUCCCCGGCCACACCCUUUUCAUGGCAUGCGUUUAGCCUCAGGAACAUUUCACCCCGCGGAAUUUACUCUUGUUUCUUUGCUGGCAGAUAGCUGAAGACUUUGCCAUACAUGGGAACCAUUGGCUUAGAUCGAAGAUAAAUUACCUUCAGGGAAAAAGGAGUCUAAUCAAUAGAAGAGAAAGGCAAAGCAGAAUAAUAGUCAAUUUGAUAGUUUUAGACACAAUAAAUUAGGAAGUGUUUGUUUCCUUUGUGUGCCUCCAGACCUCAGGAGGAUGGAUGUGUUUUUAAUUCUCUAGAUUAGAUUAGCACAAGCCCGCUCUGUUUUAUAAAUUAAUCUAUUUUACUUGUAAAAGAACCGUGGUCUUGCAUUUUCAUUCACGUUAAUGAAGUCUUUGUUUUUCACGCAUCUACUAGGGGGUUAACUAAUUAAUGAAACGCAGGGAUCAUCUUUCUACAAAUAGGACUACUUCCAUACAUGGAGGGUUUCUUUUCACAAAGGUGCCUUGCUUUAAAGUCCUGGCGUACGUAUCCUCACAAAGCGAAGUCAGGUUACAAACGAGGUUCUUUUCCAUAUGCCAGUCUUGUGGCAAGAACUGAGAGGUCAGAUGUUGGGUUGUGUCCCCUUGAGUGAGUGUCAGAGAAUGAAAAUGCAGUCAGCAAGGCCUUUGUCACAGGGGGUAUUUGACUUGUCUGGGGAUGAUACAGUAGUCCCAGUGCACAUUCAUUCUGGUUUUGACAAACUCAGAUCAAAGAGGCCCUGAAAGGUCAGCAGAGCUGUUAUGCUAAUACCCGGCACCAGUGUGUACAGAAAGCCCAAGUGUUGCCCAGAAUGCAGUGCUUGGUCCUUGAAUGCCUUUGAUCCUUAUCUAAAAAUUCUGCUAGCAUAUGUCAUAUAAUUGAGGUAUGGUCUUUUAUUGCUGCAAUUAAAACUUUUCAAAUGCACUAUAUUAUCUCCACCCCAGCUAAAAGUCCUGGCCGUUGUUUAAAAAGUGAGGUUAGUGAUUUGUCAGCCUAGGGGCUGCCCGCUCCCACACCCUCAGGCCUGGGGUUUCUCUUACUUUUUUCAUUUACAUCUCACCAAACAGCAUAAUGGUCUGAAAGUUUGUUUAGUCCUUUGACUUCCUUUAUCACGUGGAGAUGGCAAACAUUCUGUUGCUAACUUGAAGUGGCUCCAAGCAGCAAGACUGGAAGGAUAUUAAACCAGUAAAAGCUUAUCAACUGAUUCAUUGAUAUGCUGUAAAUUCCAGGCUUUUCAUUUUGCUUUUGAGGGCAGCCAUAAGUCAACACAUUAGUAAGCAAUUUGCUGACAUCCAGAUGGAUCACUCACAGAGGCCUCUUGGGUAGACAAAGUUCACCUGGGUACUUCUGUUAGUAUUUUUUUUUAAUGGUUAGCCAGUAUGUUGCUUGUAAAUGACCAGUAAUCGCUUUACAUAUCAAUAGCCCAGACUCUCAAGUUACUUUAAUUCAUCAGGUGUCUGAAACAGGAGACUUAAGAGAGAAAUACAGUGACACUUGCUCUUUUUUCAAAUUGGAAAUUUUAUUUCCGUCUGUUUCUGUAGGAUUCGUGGUAUUAACCAUUAGUUUAAAAACGAGAGCUCGGUUGUCAUUUGUUUCUCCUGGGUCUUGCCCUGCCGU